AUGCUGCCAGCAAGACCUGAGGCACUGAUGCUCUUGGGAGCUCUGCUGACUGGACCCCUGACUCCAGCAGGUAGCCAGGAAGCACUCUCACUGCCCUGGGAGGUGCAGCGCUAUGAUGGAUGGUUCAACAAUCUGAGGCACCAUGAGCGGGGUGCUGCUGGUUCGCGGCUGCAGCGCCUAGUACCAGCCAAUUACGCUGACGGCGUUUAUCAGGCUCUGGAGGAGCCGCUGCUGCCCAACCCGCGCCGGCUGAGCAAUGCCGCGGCUCGGGGCAGAGCCGGGCUGCCGUCGCUCCGCAACCGCACCGUGCUGGGGGUCUUCUUUGGCUACCACGUGCUCUCGGACGUGGUGAGUGUGGAAACACCAGGCUGCCCCGCCGAGUUCCUCAACAUCCACAUCCCUCCUGGAGACCCCGUGUUUGACCCUGACCAGCGCGGGGACGUGGUGCUGCCCUUCCAAAGAAGCCGCUGGGACCCUGAGACUGGACAGAGCCCCAGCAACCCCCGGGACCUGACCAACCAGGUGACCGGCUGGCUGGACGGCAGCGCCAUCUAUGGCUCCUCGCACUCGUGGAGCGACGCGCUGCGCAGCUUCUCCGGAGGACAGCUGGCGUCAGGGUCCGACCCCGACUUCCCCCGGGACUCGCCGGCCUCCCUGCUCAUGUGGACGGCGCCUGACCCCGCCACGGGCCAGGGCGGGACCCAGGGGCUGUACGCCUUCGGGGCCCAGAGGGGCAACAGGGAGCCCUUCCUGCAGGCGCUGGGCCUGCUGUGGUUCCGCUACCACAACCUGUGGGCUCAGAAGCUGGCCCGGGAGCACCCGCACUGGGGGGACGAGGAGCUGUUCCAGCACGCGCGCAAGAGGGUCAUCGCCACCUACCAGAACAUCGCUCUGUAUGAGUGGCUGCCCAGCUUCCUACAGAAAACGCCCCCUAAAUAUGCAGGGUACCACCCUUUCACCGACCCCAGCAUCUCUCCUGAGUUUGUGGUGGCCUCUGAACAGUUCUUCUCCACUAUGGUACCCCCUGGUGUCUACAUGAGAAACUCCAGCUGUCAUUUCCAGAAAAUCCUGAACAAGGGUUUUGGCAGCUCCCCAGCUAUCAGAGUGUGCAACAGCUACUGGAUCCGGGAGAACCCCAAUCUGAAGAGUGCCCAGGAAGUGAAUCAGCUGCUGCUGGGAAUGGCCUCCCAGAUUUCAGAACUAGAGGACAGAAUAGUGGUUGAAGACCUAAGGGAUUAUUGGCCUGGCCCUGACAAGUUCUCCCGCACAGACUAUGUGGCCAGUAGCAUCCAACGUGGCCGAGACAUGGGGCUGCCCAGCUAUAGCCAGGCCUUGCUAGCCUUGGGUCUGGAGCCCCCAAAGAACUGGAGUGACCUCAGUUCCUACGUGGACCCCCAGGUGCUGCAAGCUACAGCUGCCUUGUACGACCAGGAUCUAUCCCGGCUAGAGCUACUGCUGGGUGGACUCUUAGAGAGCCACGGGGACCCAGGACCCUUGUUCAGCAACAUUGUUCUCAACCAGUUUGUGCGGCUACGGGAUGGCGACCGCUACUGGUUUGAGAAUGUCAGGAAUGGGCUGUUUUCUGAGGAGGAGAUUUCAGAAAUCAGAAACACUACCUUGCGGGAUGUUCUGGUAGCUGUUACUAAUAUGAACCACAGUGUCCUGCAGCCCAAUGUCUUUAUCUGGCAGGACGGUGCACCCUGCCCGCAGCCCCAGCAGCUCACAACUGAGGGCUUGCCCAACUGUGUACCACUUACUGUGACUGACUAUUUUGAGGGCAGUGGUGCUGGUUAUGGCCUUGUCAUCGUGGCUCUUUGCUGCUUCCCACUAGUGAGUCUGGUUGUUGCUGGGGUGGUGGCCUAUUUCCGAAACCAAGAACGCAAGAAGCUACAAAAGAGAGGCAAAGAGAGUAUGAAGAAGGAAGCAGUCAAAGAUGGAGUGACAGCAAUGGAGUGGCCAGGCCCCAAGGAAAGGAGCUAUCCCAUCACUAUCCAGCUGCUUCCAGACAAGUAUCUGCAGGUCCUGGACAGAAAUCUCACUGUGCUCCGCACCAUCCAGCUGCAGCCCCUGCAGCAGGUCAGCCUCAUCCUAUCCAGCAACUGCAGACGCCGUACCCUGCUGCUCAAGAUCCCCAAGGAGUAUGACCUGGUGCUGCUGUUUAACACUGAAGAGGAGCGAGGCACCUUUGUGAAGCAACUGCAGGACCUCUGCAUAAGUUGGACUCCAGGUCUCCAUGUGACUGAGAUGAGUGAAAGCGAGCUCUUCAGGAAGGCUGUGACCAAGCAGCAGCGGGAAUGCAUCCUGGAGAUCUUCUUCAGACACCUUUUUGUUCAGGUGCUGGACAUCAACCAGGCAGAUGCAGGGACCCUGCCCAUAGGCUCAUCCCAAAUGGUGCGGGAGGCCCUGACCUGCGAGCUGAGCAGGGCCGAGUUUGCUGAGUCUCUGGGCCUCAAGCCCCAAGAUAUGUUUGUGGAGUCCAUGUUCUCUCUGGCCGACAAGGAUGGCAAUGGCUACCUGUCCUUCCGGGAGUUCCUGGACAUCCUGGUGGUCUUCAUGAAAGGUUCUCCAGAGGAUAAGUCCCGGCUGAUGUUCACCAUGUAUGACUUGGAUGCAAAUGGCUUACUCUCCAAGGAAGAAUUCUUCACCAUGAUGCGGUCCUUCAUCGAGAUCUCCAACAACUGCCUGUCCAAGGCCCAGCUGACCGAGGUGGUGGAGUCCAUGUUCCGGGAGUCAGGCUUCCAGGACAAAGAGGAGCUGACAUGGGAGGACUUCCACUUCAUGCUGAGGGACCAUGACAGUGAGCUCCGCUUCACGCAGCUCUGUGUCAAAGGUGGAGGCAGAGGUGUUGGAGACAUCUUUAAACCAAACACCAGCUGGAGAGUCUCAUUCAUCACUCGGACUCCUGAGGACCGCUCCUGCCCCCAGGAACUGGUGCUCCCUGCCUCCAAAGCCCCAGAGCUUGGAGGUCCUGGGCUAAAGAAGAGAUUUGGCAAAAAGGCAGCGGGGCCCCCUGCCCGGCUCUACACAGAGGCACUGCAGGAGAAGAUGCAGCGGGGCCUCCUGGCUCAGAAGCUACAGCAGUUCAAGCGCUUUGUGGAGAAUUACCGGCGCCACAUUGUGUGUGCCACAAUCUUCUCAGCCAUCUGUGUGGGCCUGUUUGCAGAGCGCUCCUACUAUUACGCCUUUGCCUCACCACCCACGGACAUUGAAGAGACCACCUAUGUGGGCAUCAUCCUCUCACGUGGCACAGCAGCCAGCGUCUCCUUCAUGUUCUCCUACAUGCUGCUCACCAUGUGCCGCAACCUCAUCACCUUCCUGCGGGAGACCUUCCUCAACCGCUACAUUCCCUUCGAUGCCGCCGUGGACUUCCAUCGCUGGAUCGCCAUGGGGGCUGUUCUCCUGGCCAUUUUGCAUAGUGCUGGCCAUAUCGUCAAUUUCUACAUCUUCUCAGUCAGUCCCCUCAGCCUGAUGGCCUGCGUAUUUCCCAACGUCUUUGUGAAUGAUGGAUCCAAGCUUCCCCAGAAGUUCUACUGGUGGUUCUUUGAGACCAUUCCAGGUAUGACAGGGGUUCUGCUGCUCCUGGUCCUAGCCAUCAUGUACGUCUUUGCCUCCCAUUACUUCCGCCGCCACAGCUUCCGGGGCUUCUGGCUGACCCACCACCUCUACGUUGUGCUGUAUGCUCUGCUCAUCAUCCACGGCAGCUUUGCUCUGAUUCAACUGCCCAGUUUCCAUAUCUACUUCCUGGUCCCACUGAUUAUCUAUGCGGUGGACAAGCUGGUGAGCCUGAGCCGGAAGAAGGUAGAGAUCAAUGUGGUGAAGGCGGAGCUGCUGCCUUCAGGAGUGACCCACCUGCAGUUCCAGCGGCCCCAGGACUUUGAGUACAAGUCGGGACAGUGGGUGAGGAUCGCCUGCCUGGCUCUGGGAACCAACGAGUACCACCCCUUCACACUGACCUCUGCACCCCAUGAGGACACUCUCAGCCUGCACAUCCGGGCUGUGGGGCCCUGGACUACUCGCCUGAGGGAGAUCUACUCACCUCCAACAGGAAAAGGCUCUAUUAGAUUCCCAAAGCUGUACCUCGAUGGACCAUUUGGAGAAGGUCACCAGGAAUGGCAUAAAUUUGAGGUGUCGGUGCUGGUGGGAGGAGGCAUCGGGGUCACUCCCUUUGCCUCCAUCCUCAAAGACCUGGUCUUCAAAUCAACUGUGGGCAGCCAAGUGGUCUGUAAAAAGAUCUACUUCAUCUGGGUGACGAGGACCCAGCGACAGUUCGAGUGGCUGGCUGACAUCAUCCGGGAGGUGGAGGAGAAUGACUGCCAGAACCUGGUGUCUGUGCACAUCUAUAUCACACAGCUGGCUGAGAAGUUUGAUCUCAGGACUACCAUGCUGUACAUCUGUGAGCGGCACUUCCAGAAGGUACUGAACCGGAGUCUGUUCACUGGCCUGCGCUCUGUCACCCACUUUGGCCGCCCCCCCUUCGUGCUCUUCUUCAACUCCCUGCAGGAGGUCCACCCACAGGUGCGCAAGAUUGGAGUGUUCAGCUGCGGCCCUCCAGGGAUGACCAAGAAUGUAGAGAAAGCCUGUCAGCUCAUCAACAGGCAGGACCGAGCCCACUUCAUGCACCACUAUGAGAACUUCUAA